AUGUUGGUGCCCACCGCGGAUCAGGAGGCGAAGUCUCCGCUGUUCGUUGGGCCAAGCCAGAUGGAUGGCGAAAUCUUGUUAAGGCUUCCUUUCAAUUUUACCAACGCCAUAUCCUGGGAGGUGACUCACAUCCAUGUGCGGGCGACUCACCCGCCCGCACCAAAUUGCUGUCGACCGAAGUCACUGGGGCUGCUGGCAAAUUCACCGAGCGCCACUUUCAGCGACUUCGACGACAGUACCGCAGUGACUGUCGAUCUGGAGGACGUGGGCAGCGGCGUCUUUCGAGCCUCGCUGGAGCCUUUCCGGACGAGAGGAGCCCGAACUCCGAACCCCCCGCCUCCCCUCCCCUCCCCCCCUUAA